AUGAUGAAGGACUCAAUAGUUCUAUACCCUGCAUUAGGGAGGGGACACCUAACCUCAAUGGUUGAGUUAGGCAAGUUUAUAUUAACCCAUAACCCUUCCUUUUCCAUCAAAAUUCUUAUCCUUACACCACCCAACAAUAACAACCAACACACCCCUUCCACCACCCACUUCGGCUGCGACGCCACCACCCAAUACAUAGCCACCGUCUCCGCCACCAUACCCGCCAUCACUUUCCACCAAAUUCCCACCAUAUCAUUCCCCGCCAGCACCACCCUCCCACCUCACAUACUCAGCCUCGAGCUUUGCCGCCGUAGCAAUCAACAAGUUCGCCAUGUCCUUCAAUCCAUUUCCAAAACCACAAACAUUAAGGCCAUUGUUAUGGACUUCUUGAACUACAGCGCCACACAAAUUACCAUAACCCUUAACAUCCCCAUUUACUUUUACUACACUUCAGGAGCUUCUACUCUUGCUGUUUUUCUUCAGCUUCCAACCAUUCAUGAAAAGACCACAAAAUCUAUCAAAGACUUUCAAAUGCAUCUUCAAAUCCCUGGAUUACCGAAAAUUCCCACAACAGAGUUACCAACUGAAGUCCAGGAUCGUGCGAGUCAGAGUUACCAGGUUUACCUUGACUUAGCAACAAGCAUGAGGGACAGUGAUGGGGUUAUCAUAAACACCUUUGAUGCCAUUGAAGGAAGAGCUAUCCAAGCUUUAAGCGCAGGGUUGUGUCUUCCUGAAGGUACCACACCACCUAUGUUCUGCAUUGGACCAUUGAUCUCACCGCCUUGUGAAGAAGAAGAUAAGAGUGGGUGUUUGAGUUGGCUCGAUUCACAACCGAGUCAAAGCGUCGUGUUGCUGAGUUUCGGAAGCUUCGGAAGGUUUUCGAGAACUCAGUUGAAGGAGAUUGCUAUUGGGUUGGAGAAAAGUGAGCAAAGGUUUUUGUGGGUUGUGAGGAGCGAGUCAUGUGGAAUGAACUCGGAAGAACCGAGUUUGGACGAGUUGCUGCCAGAAGGGUUUUUGGAGAGAACUAAGGAGAAGGGAAUCGUGGUGAGAAACUGGGCUCCACAGGCUGCGAUUUUGAGUCAUGACUCGGUGGGUGGGUUCGUGACUCACUGUGGGUGGAACUCGGUGUUGGAAGCUAUUUGUGAAGGAGUGCCAAUGGUGACGUGGCCUCUGUAUGCAGAGCAAAAGCUUAAUAGAGUGAUUUUGGUUCAGGAAAUGAAGGUGGCUUCGGCACUUAACGAGUCUAUAGAUGGGUUAGUGAGUGCAACUGAGUUUGGAGACCGAGUUAAGGAGCUUAUAGAUUCAGAGAAAGGAAAAGAGAUUAGACAAAGGAUUUUCAAUAUGAAAAUUGGUGCUGUGGAAGCAAGAGCGAAAGGUGGAUCUUCCCAAGUUGCUUUGAAUAGGUUGGUUCAGCUGUGGGAAGAGUGCUGA